UGUGUGUGUGUGUGUGUGUGUGUGUGUGUGUGUGUGUGUAUGUGUGUGUGUGUGUGUGCUAUAAAGGAGUGCUGUGUUCAUAUAUUAUCAGUGAGUCCAACAAGCAAGUAUGAACACACACCUUGUGACAAUUGCUCUGCUGGUUUUCAGCGUCGCUGCCCUUGACAAAUGUGUCCCAGACUGCACGAAUGUCACACCCGGGGUGGCUGUGCCGGACCCCUGGAAUUGCACCCAGUUCUACUACUGCCUGAACGAUGAGGUGCCCAUGGGGAUCCCACAUAGCUGCGAGUCAGGGAACCACUUCGACGCUUCCGUCAACCUGUGUGUGCCAGGGUUGCAGUGCCAGACAAUGUGCGGAGCGUGUCACCCAGACUGCAGCGGCCACUCCGAAGGCGAUUUUGUAGAGGACCCGAUGGAUUGCACGCAGUUCUAUGUAUGCGUGCACGAGAACGAGCCAUCUCAGCACCCAAUAGCGUGUGAACCUCCGACAGGUGUGUUUGACCCUGUGAAUGGCAUAUGUGUUUCCGGCGACACCUGCGAUUCCUCCUGUUCCGGGGGAGCGUGCCACAUCCGGUGCAGGGGUGACGAGGACCGCGUGGCCAACCCACAGAAUUGCAGGGAAUACUUCCAGUGCGACGGCAACCUCGACCUGCAGGGACCCGUGCGGUGUCCCAGCGAGAGGCCUUACUUCGACGGGUGGAACUGCGUGGAGGACAGUUGGAAGUGCUGCGUCCCAGAGUGCUCCCCUUACUGUCACGCCGGCGACGUGCAGAUCAUCGAUCCUUACGACUGCACCAAGUACUAUAUAUGCACUGAAGAAGGGCCCCCCCAGGAGGCGAACCACCACUCUUGCCUCCACGGCGAGACCUUCCAGCCCUCCUCCAGCAAGUGUGAGGCAGGGGCUCCGUGUCUCACCCUCUGUGGCAACAACCCCACCACCACAACCACCUCCACCACAUUCAUCUGCACCUCCUUCCCUGACACAAAGCCCCCUACUACCACAACCACUACGACCACUGAUUCGGACUGCGUCGCCUCCCUCAACUGUCCUGGAAAGGGGAACUACGCCAUGUGUGAGUUCUGCAGUGAGGGAUACUUCAAGUGCCACGCAUCAGGGGAGGGAGGAGUGGCUGCUGUAUGUGAGAGUGGGUUUCUUUUCAACACGGACCCCACUUACCCGUUCUGCGUGGAGGCUGCCGAGUGCCCCUACACACCCCCACCCUUCGUCUAGCUCGCCCUCUGACUACAUGGCGCUCCUGUAGAUAAUUAACAAACCACCCAAAAAAUACAUAAAUAAAUAAAAAAAAAAUAAAUAAAUAAAAAAUGAUAAUAGUAAUACUUUUUUUUUUUUUAUUUAUUUAUUUAUUUAUUUAUUUAUUUUUUUUUUUGGCUGGGUUGGGGGAAAGGAUUGAACGACAAACUUAGUGGGUUAAACUACUCAAUCCAUCCACUGCUUCCCGACCAGUCAAGGAAAUAUUCCUCAAUCAUUAAACAUUACUCAAACCUA